GAAACAGAGACAAAGUGAUGAGUUAGAAAAUGUAUCGAAGGGGAGCAAGACCACCUAAAGACGGCGUGGAAAAGAUUGUAGGGUAUGUGACAGUCCAGCCCGAUAAAAAUGACGACAGUGAUAACGAAUCGGACGACGAUGAUGAAGAAUGGUUAGAUGAAAGGGAAAUGACAGCCAUUUCUCUUGGCGGAACGUUGAUGAAACAAACACCUGCUAAAAAUCAAAGAAUUACCAUUAAAACAUUUGGUCAGGGAAAAAAAUAUGUGGUGAAAGGCAGAUUUCCUUUGCAUGACCCAUGGUGGAAAAUAACAUGUUUUAUUUAUAGAAAUAAAAGUAUUCCUAAUAUGUAUUUUGUGGAUCAUACACGACCUAUUCUAUAUGAUAUACGAACUGAUGAAUUAGUUGUCACACAUAAAUUGAUGAAUAUCUGCCUAACUACAACCCAGGAACCGUAUUUUGGUAAUGCUGACGAGCGGGAACUCUGGAAUGAAAAGUUGUCUGCUCUUGACAAAUAUGUCUGUGACCAUCCUAAUGAAAGUGUAUAUUUCGAUAACAUGAAGAAUCUGUUAAAGAAUUUUGAUGAAGUCUGUAAGAAAUAUGAAACUAGUCCAAUAGGAGAAUUAGUAGAUAGAUGUGAUGCAGUAAGACUUGUUUAUGGUGCUGUGGAAUUCCCCCAACUAUUUACCUUCCUAGCUCAGUUAUUACCUAAGAAAUUCACUGAGAUAAUAAAACUGGGUAGUCAAAGAUUAAAGAAAUUAGAUAAUUGUCGAGAAGAAUAUACCUGGGAAUUCGCUUUCUCUAAUAAAUUUUUAAAGGGACAGAUAAUGUUUAAACAGUAUGGAAUGAUAGGAGUAGAGGCUUCACUGUAUGAUUAUCUUCGUUGUGAUUUAUUAAACGAUAUGCCCAGCAUGAACUGUGAUGCUAUUUAUAUAUAUGACUUUCUUAAAAAAGACGCUCGCGAAAGCGGACACACUUUUAUAGAAAAAUUCCGCGUUCGAAAAAGUCAAUUUACGUGCGAUCACCAAGUUGUGAAUUGGGAUGCAUCAUUGAAAUAUUUGGAGCAACAUCGCAUCAUUAAAACAGAAGGCAAAGACCAAACGACGAAAAUAUUUUUACGAAGAAAUUGGGAGGCUGAACGAGAUGUUGCGAAGACUUUAGGUGUUAUGCUGAAAGAUGCUGGUAGUUAUUGUGAAAAUGAUUUGGAUAUAGACUUCACAAGUUCUGAUUUUAAGAAUAUCCAUAAUGACGUAGAUCAGUGGAGAGCAGCCCAUCUAAUAGCCUCAAACCCUGUAGCUGUUUUAUCUGGGAAAGGUGGAUGUGGAAAAACAACUGUCGUUACUCAGCUUCUUAAACAUGUCUGUGAAAACAGUCAGUCAAAAGUUUCCAUAGUGGCACCAAUUGACUCGAAUGAAGAACCAGCUAAUUUAGAAAAUGGCCAAGAAUCGAUACUCAAUGAUUCCUUGGACCAGACAUCAUCAUCUGACACAACACAAUCUACACAGUUCUAUAGAUCACCAUGGAAAUCAUAUCGUCAGAUGACACAGGAAGCUGAGGAGUGGGAAAGUUCGGAAGAUGAUAGCGAUGAUGAUGAUGAUGAUCAUUAUUUAUCUAAAACACCUUUAGGUCAGACUAUUUUACUAACAGCACCUACAGGUAAAGCCGCCAAUCUCCUGGGGCGUAAAGUAUGUAUGGAAUCUGUCACAUUACAUCAUGUGAUGAUGAGUUAUAAGGGAUUCUGUAAACGGAAAGCUGAUUAUUUGAGAGAGAUGAACAAACCAGACCCAAAUCGUCAGAAACGAGCAGAAAGUAGCGACGAAGAAAGUGAUGACAAUGAUUUGGAUAAUGAAGAUGAAUUCAUGCAAACUCAAAAUAAAUUUCAAAAUCAGAACCAAAAUAAUUCCAAUGAUGAACAAAAUCAUGAUAAUUUUUUUGAUUCGGAAGAUGUUGAUUCUGAAGCUUUUAAAGACGAAGCCAUGAAGAAAGAAAUUGAUCCUGAAAUGCCAGUUUGGAAAUAUGAAAAUAAAAGUGUGUUAGUCGUAGAUGAGUGUAGUUUAGUGUCUGUCAAAACCAUAGCAACAGUCAUGAAUAACCUUCGUCGUCAAGCGAGGCUCAAAAAGGUCAUUCUCCUUGGUGACGUCAGACAGUUGCCGUCUGUGGAACCAGGAAACUUUUUAGCGGAUAUUUUCCGUGUCUUGUAUCCUAUUGGUUGUUGUAUGGAAUUGAGGACCAAUCAUAGAGCUGAAUCUGAAUUGAUCGUGAACAACGCUAGUAAGAUUUCCUUAAUGAAAUUACCACAGUACGAUAAUUCCAAGUUUCAGUUACGACUUAUUGAUGAAACGGAUGACGAGAAUGAAAUUGACAAACGAAUCCAACAUUUAUUACGAACAUCAACAGACUUAAAUCAAGAGACAUCACAAUUUGUUUCUUUCCAAAGGAGGCGAUGUGAGAGUAUCAACGAACUAUGUUGUAAAUUCUACAAUAAACACGUAACGAAAGAUUCCAAACGAAAAUAUCUCUUCCAAGUUGGAGACAAGGUCUGUCUUGGUAAAAACGCUGAGGUCAUGAACCAUAAAGAGAGGUUGCCUAAAAAAGAGAAGGCAUCAAAGAAGAAAAACGAAGGUAGAAAAACGCAGAAAAUUGUUCGGAAUGGAAAAUUAAAUGUCACUGAAGCUGCUGAGUUGACUUUAUUAGAUUCAGAGGAUGAAUCGUCAAGUCAAACUGAAAGUAAAAGUAAAGUAAAACCAAAGAAAAAACCAAUAGAGGGAUUAAAAAAAGAAAAGAAAAAUAAUACAGUAAAACUCUGUAAUGGUGAAAUAUUCUUCAUAAUGAAGGAUACAGAAGAACAUAAUACAGAUGGUAAAUCAACACGAUAUUUAAUAUUAUCUGAUAAAGAACAACCUAAAGAGAAACUGGUCUGUGUGAAUUAUAAAGAUUUGGUGAAUAAGUGUAAAAUGAGACAUGGCUGGGCUCGGACUAUUCACACUUAUCAGGGCUCAGAAUCUUCAGCAGUGGUAUACGUUGUCUAUCGAUCAUACUACGAGAACUGGCAGCAUGUCUAUACAGCUGUAACCAGGGGCCGUAACUCUGUUUAUAUGGUAGGAAAGAAGAGUUGUAUAGAUAAAGCUAUAAGAACUGAUAAAAAAGAAAGAAGAACUUCACUGAAAGAGAAAUUGAUAAAGAGAGUAGAAAAAUUUCCUGAAAUAUUACAGAAACAAAGAGAAAAUCUUAAAGCCCUUUUGUUAGAAUCAGAUGCAGCCCGACAACGUAAAAUCAUUGAAGGGGAAGACGGAGAGACUGAUUUAUUCGGCAGUGAUGAUGAUAACGACAACUACAUCAACGCCCUCUGUGAUUUAUUACCGCCCUCUCAAUCAUCAAGUGAAGACAACUCUGAAGGAACGGUUUUAAACAUGAAAAAAUGUGCCUUACAACAAACUGUUGCAUGUGAAAUUAAUUCGAAUAAGGGAGAUAAUUCAGAACUAAUUGAAGACGAAUCCAGUUCUUUCGAUAGUGACGAUUCGUAUAUGAAGACUUUGGACGAAUCUGCAUUUAUUUUGAGUUCUCAGAUUCAGCAAGCUAGUCAGUUUACGCAAUGUCGAAAUCACGAAACAUCUCAAAUUCAAGUCACUCCAGAAAAUAUAAAUGGACAAUCAGGCUGCAUAACUCCAAAUAAGGAGAAUGCAUUUAAAAGACUGUCCUCUGCAGAAAGUGAACAUGAGUCUCGUCAAAAAUUCCUUCGCGUGCCAGAUCCAUCAAUUCUUGUGUCCCCUGUCAGACGGUGUCUGGAAAGAACGCUCAGUUUUCCUAAAGAUUAAUCAUGUAUACUAUUGCCUGCUUAUAUAAACACCAAAAUCAC